AACGACAUUACCACUACUAAAUUACGGAAAAUGGCUGAUUAUGUCUUCAAUUAAAUCGAAAGAGAUCAACAGUAUUUUUUCGUUUAUUGUCGACCUUAAACAGUGAAAACAAAAUUCCGGUGUGAAAUCCUCACCGAUCGCGUAAAUUUCUGCUGAAAAAGCCAUCGAAUCGAUCAACUGCUGAGUCUUGAUUUGAUCCCCAAACAAAAUGCAGUUCUUCGGCGGCACAGAAAUCAGUCCAUCUCCUCCGGUGCCGACCGCAUCCGGCAACAACGGGAACAUGUUGUACAUAUUCAACAGAAAUGGAGUGUGCCUUCUCUACAGGGAAUGGAAUCGGCCGCUGAAAACUCUCAGCUCUCAGCAAGAUCACAAGCUUAUGUUCGGACUCCUCUUCUCCCUCAAAUCGUUGACUGCAAAGAUGGAUCCCACCAGUGCUGAAAAGGGGAAUCUUGGGGUCCCUCAGCUACCGGGGCAAGGUUGCUCUUUCCACAGCUUCCGAACGAAUACGUAUAAACUGAGUUUCAUGGAGAGUCCUUCUGGGAUUAAGCUAAUUCUAGUCACUCACCCGAGAACGGGCGAUCUGAGGGAUUCCUUGAAGUACAUUUAUAAUUUGUACGUUGAGUAUGUUGUCAAGAAUCCAUUAUAUUCUCCAGGAACUCCCAUAAGAUCCGAGCUAUUUAACAAAACUGUUGAUCAGUAUGUCCGAGGCCUCGGCUGAUGAUAUGGCAGCUUACCGCCUCAGCUCUCGAUAGCUGAUGACUUUCGAUGCUAUUGCGAUGUGACUGAACUUGCUGUGUAAGAAACCGAGUUAUGUUUCUGUGUUGGCAGAUUAAUUUCUUGUUUUUGGUCAUAGAUUCAAUAUGUAUUCAUAUUUUUCAUGAAUUUGCUCAUUUGCUUCUCUGA